AAGAACAACAGGACUCCUGAAAAGGAUUCUGCCUUCUAUACUCUCACUGGGUUUUAAGGCAUCAUGAUAGGAAAAAGAUGGCUUCACAGACAGUUGAGAUACUGAGUGUUGGUGGCAGUUAUGGCAGCUUUGGAAGUACCUCCCAAAAAGAGAACAAUCAUAGAACCUGUUCUUCACAACCUUUCAACAAACCAUUCAUGAGCUUACACAAGCUUGCAAAGGGGAAGAAACGCCUCAAGCGUAUAGUGCUUGAGUUGUUGGCACAAAUAAAGGGAACUGUCAAAGAGAAAGAAGAUUUCACCUUGGAUGAGUCUAAAUUAAUCAUGAGAGAACUUGCUGCUGAACUAAGCAAGGUAGUUCAGAUCAGCAACACCUCCUUUCUAACCAGAGUGAGUGAGGAUGGAUCUUGUCAAGAGGAGCGUCAAGACUUUAUACUGCAGUGGGCUGAGGAACUGAAACACUCAUCACAGACACGACAGACACCAGCAGGGGAAAUCACAAGAGACAGGAGGAGUGACGACCCUCUGGAUCAACAGAAACCAGACAAGGAACAGAAACUGAGGGAAGCCAGGAAAGCCCUGUCUGAGUGGGCCUGGACACUCAAGGAUAUGGAACAGGACUCAGUGUGUCCGGAUGAGGAUGUGUGUUCAGUACUGCAGGAUCUGGAGAGACAGUGGAAGAGGGAGAAGCUUCCCAACAUGCUCCCUGUCAUGGACUUCCUCAUCUGGAGCAUGCUACAGGAACAGCAGGAGGGUUCCAUUGUAAAGCAGUGGUUCAGAAAUAGACAAAGGUUCAGAAGCAGAGUGACUCUGAAUCGCAUUCCUGACUUAAUUUGGAAAUGGAUUUCGAAAGCAUCAGCUCAGAUCACUCUGGAUGAACAAACAGCCAACCCAAGUUUCCUACUGUCCCCUGACAGGAAAAGAGUGAAAAUGGCCACCAUCAUUGAGAGUGUCUUCGAUCCCUGGUGUGGAUACAGCCCUAAUUCCCACAAGUAUGAUGGCUGGUGGUGUGUGCAGGCAAAAGAGGGCUUUACAUCUGGGAGACAUUACUGGCAGGUGGGAGUCAGGGGCAAGGCAGAGUGGAGGAUAGGGGUGGUUAGAGAGUCAGCACCAAGGAAUGGCUUUGCAACUCUGAACACAAAAGCCGGUUACUGGACCUUGCGUCUGCAGCUUGGGGAGCUCAUGGCUGUAACUGCACCAGUCAUUAAACUGAACCAGUCUCCACCCUCUAGGUUAGGGGUGUUGCUAGACAUAGAGGGGGGGCAGAUAUCCUUCUAUGAUGCAGAGGAAAGACGCCACAUUUACACUUUUAAUACCAAUUUUGAUAACUCUGGAAAGAUUUACCCUGUGUUUGGAACCAUUGAGACAGACAGAGAGCUGGUUAUUCUGUAGGCAAAAUAACUUGAUGCAUGCUGUCGGGCUUGAUUGCAGUGCAUGUGAUUAGUUUAGUAACUACCUUAUGGACAUCUCAAUGUAUAGUUGCUGACUGUCUCAACUCACAAUUCCUUGAGAUCACAAAAGGUGUCCCUCAAGAGUCCAUUUUAGGGCCUGUAUUAUUCACACGGUAUAUAAACAAUAUUGGUUCCUUAGUAAAAAACUAAGGGACACCUUUAUGCUGAUUAUACUGUGCUGUAUAUCUGAUCUGCAGAUGGCUUUUAAUGUCAUUUAAAAAAGCACUUGUUGACCUAAAAUUGCUACUGAAUGCAGAUAAAACAAAGUCAUGCUAUUUUCUAGAGCCCACAACAUUGACUCCACAGACUUAAAGAGCGGCACGUUGAAUGGAGCGACAUUGAGCGAGCCCACUCAUUUAAAUACCUUGGAUCAUUUAAAACAAUCGUUCAGUCAAGGAAUCGUACAGACAACUUUCCUGUCAGUCCUUGACUAUGGCGACAUUAUCUAUAUGAAUGUUGCUGCCACAUCUUUAAAACUUUGAUGCUUCUACAAGUAAUGUGCUUUAUUUUAACGGUUUUAUUUUAUGAUAUGUACACAGAUUAAUGAAGUAUGGAAUCAAUGUAUAUAAACAACCUUCUUUCUUGAAACAUGAAUUUGUUUGCUGAUUUCCUCAUACAGAAUAAAGAGGGCAAUGAGCUUAA